CUAAAAUGGAGUUUGAUCAGAAGACUAAUUCGUACAAGAAAAAGACCGGCCAUAUUGAUUAUGAGAAUAUCAAAUAUGACCUGCUCAAGAGCUACAGAAAUCGUGUCUUCAUGGGUAAGUUUGACUGUGAAUUCAACAAUGGCUUUGGGAACAAGUAUUAUAACACCUUGAAUAUCGGCAAGGCCAAAGUCAGAAAUGACUUCAAGAAUUGGAACAACUCUAUUGGCUAUAACUUCAAGCCCAUGCAUGGGAAGAUCUUUAGAAGGAUUGUGUAUCAAACUGUUGCUCAGACUUUCCAGCAGGACCAGAUUUUGAGAGAUAUCAUUGAGAACAAGGAGCACCUGGAUACAGACAAAAUUGUGGCUAUUGACGUAGAAUAUGGAGGCGGUAAGACCAUUCCAAGAGUUGGAAUCUGUAACUUCAAUGAAGAAUGCAUCUACUAUUCUGACUUCUGCCUCCGCUACAACGAUUGGGAAGAGACCAAGAAACUCUUGCGUGAAGAUCGUGAGAAGAGCAUUCGGAAUGCUGAAAAGAUCCUUGAACGGAACAAAAAUCGGAACAAUCUUGAGAAAAUAGCUAAAGAAGAGUACCAAGCUCAGAGCAAAGGUACUCAAGGGAAUACCUCCACUAAAGCAAGUACGGAUUCUAAGAAGAAGCAGGCUGAUAGUGAUUACUCUGAUUAUGAUGAGAUCGAUAAGGAGUUUGACGAGGAGUUUGGCAAGGAGCUCAAAGAUAUCAAGCAGAAGAACUCUAACUUCUCUAUUGACAUUGAUGGUAAGAAGGUUCACAAAGACCAGCAAAAGCAUGAUGCAACUGUUGAGAAUGCUAGUACGACGAUAAAUGACAUUUUUGCCCAGUCCAAAAAGAAACCUAAUGCCAAAAUAGGCCAAGAUGCUCUUAUUUCAGAGAUUUUUGAUAGGAAUAAACUACCAAAGUUAGACAAGCAAAAAUCUGAGUUGAAGCAGAAGAAGAAAUCCAAAGAUGAGGAUCUCUGUCUUACUUCUGAUUCUGAAGAAAAUGAUCUCAAAAAUGACCUUGAUGAGGAAGAAAUUAAGGAGAUCAAAGAAAUGCAGGAUGUCGAAGGCAUGCUUGAUGAUGACAAUUUGCAAAAUGAACUAGCAAUCACUGAUUCUGAGGAAGAAGGCGAUGAUAAUAAGCAGGAUUCUGCUAAUCAACCUCAGGCGGAAAUUACCAGCUCUUCCGAUACCAACACUACAAAGAAGGAAGACAAGGUUCCGCAAUAUGUCAUCGCUGGUAAUGAUAAUAAUGAUGAUGAGGAAUGGAUCCUUGACCACACUGGCACCAGAAGAAAGCCUUUUAAAGUAAUGCAUCGUGAAAUAAGAGAGAUUAUUAAGGAUAAAAUAGUAAUUGCUCACAAUUUACCCAAAGAUUUUGCUUACCUCAGAAUUACAAGACAUGAUUGUAAGAGGACUCUUGAUACAUCCUUGAUCAAAAUGUUUCAAAAGAAAAAUCUUAGAAGGAAGUUGAGAGACCUCACCCUCGAAUAUGUAGAUGCUAGAAUCCAACUGACUUCUAAUCACUCUCCAGUGGAAGAUGCCAUUGCAUGAAUGAGAAUCUUCAAAGUAUUUGCUAGAGAAAUCGGUAUUUUCAAUGUCAAAAUGGUUUAUAAUCAGCUUUGGGGCUCGAAAGAGGCCAGGUUCAUUGACCCUCCAGAUAUCAAAAAGCCUGACCUUGUUUGAGGUCCUUACUCAGACAUUUUCAAAUGAGAUUAUGAAACCCUUGGAGAAGAUACGAAAAUUAUUGGAAUAGCAGUAAACUGGGGAAUAAACGAAGAAAACGAGAAAGAAAUCCUCAGAGUCUCAAUUGUCAACGAACAUGGACAUCUCUUGUUUGAUAGUAUAAUUCAGCCAUCCCUGACUAUCUGUUAUGUGCCACUUUACUAUGGAUAUCUUUAUGAUCCUUCCUUUGGAAUUCCUCUUAAAUAUCUCAGUGAUAUGCUCAACGUGAUAUGUGAUGGCAAAAUUAUUGUUGGCUAUGGCAUCCAAAAAGUACUAGAGAUGCUAUCGAUUAAGUCUGUUUACACAGUUCGAGAUUUAAUAACUCAUGAAGAGAUUGGAGUAACCACAGUGCCUAGCCUUGCUCAAAAAUUUUACGGACUUGACCUAGACCUUUUCUUUAGAUCCACAAUUACUGAAGCUAGGCUUUAUAUUGGAGUUUAUAAAUCAAUGAAACAAGAAUUUGAGGAUAAGAACUUCAAUGAAAGAAUCAUGAAAGAGCACAUCAGUGAAGAAGGCUCAUUUAAUCAUGAAAGUUCACUCCCUGUAGUUUUAUAAAUAUG